AUGUUCCGCAUUCGUCAGUGUGCUCUGAUCUUCGCUCUGGUGGCCGUUGCCUCGGCUGCUCCUUCUCCCGGAUAUCUGAAGUACCCCUCCGCGCACUCCCACUACGGAGUGGCUGUGGCCCCUGUGGUCAAAGUGGUUCCCGUCGUGAAGCAGGUGCCUGUCGUGAGCCACGUCCCAGUCGUGAGCCACGUCCCGGUCGUGAAGCACGUGUCCGUGGUGCAGCAUGUUCCCGUGCUGAAGUCCUACUCCCCAGUGGUCCACCAGGCAGUCUAUGCUCCAUCGUAUGCUCACUCCUACGGAGUGCCCUCCUACGGCCAUCAGAUCUACCACCGCCAAUGAGAGUACCACUAAUAACGAU